AUGGCCUCGAGGGACUAUAAUACAUCGGAGGCUCGCAACGUCCUUGGCAACAAGCCUCAUUUUCAGCCUUUUGUUCGACCAAGCCGCUCCACUUCCCGGACUCGAAGCGAUCAGUCAGACAAUACCAGUAUUGCCAGCACCGCCCGGUAUAAUAUACAACCGUCAAAUGGCGUUCAAAUUAGCGAAAAGUCAACCGCUGCCUGGGCGGCGAGUUGGACACCGUAUACCUUUAAACAUCCAUUCUUGGCCGUCUUGAGCUUUGUCGCCUUAUCCCUUUGCCUCGUCACAUUUCUACUUUGGUGGCGGUCUUCAACAAAUUAUGGUCUUGGGCCUGAUGAUGGCUCGUCAGCUCUCCUGUUCGGCUGGAGAUAUACACCGACCUUGAUUGCUGUGAUAUACGUUCAAAUGGCUGCUGUACUGUUUGGGGAUAUCAAGCGUACAGAGCCCUACGCACGGUUGGCACGUUCAAGUGGAGCAGAUGCAUCUGUUAGCAUUCUCGAACCACCGAUAGCCUGGUGGACUGCGCUCUACGACGGUUUCGCGAAGAAGAAAAAUGGCUCACGUAGCUGGGCUCUGAUUUGCGUUUCUUUUCUUAACAUUUUUGGAUUUCUGGCAAUUUCUUCUUUGUCUUCCGCCUAUCUAUACUCCAAUGAAGUGGAGGUUCCAAAGUCGACCGACUUUCUUCAACUGGUACCAACAACCGACUCGCCUCUGCCAAUCGAUGCAGACCGCUCAACACACUUCCAAACAAUCGCCAAUCUGUUGCAGAAUGUGUCGACCUCUCCAUGGAUUACCGAUGAAUAUACCAUUCUUCCAGUCUGGCCCUCCAACUUACAAAUGGCACCUAUCAAUUCCCUUCCGUCAAGCUCAUCUCAAACAUGGGAGGCAGAGACAAUGAUGUUCAAAACUGACUUCAGCUGUACAUCAAUGACCGUGGAUCGUGAAACCUUUCUCGACGUAAAUUAUACGAAAAAUGGAGUCAUGUAUGGACCCACCCCUUCUGUCUCAAUGAUCUGGUCCACUCCGAGCGGAUGCAAAUACGGCCUAUCCGUGGACAAGACUUUCUUCAAUAUGGGAGGCGGCAGCUGGUCUGAUGCAUCAACAUUUUACUACGCCACAAGUUCUCUCUUCUAUGAUGCAGGAAGCCCUUUAUUCACCACCAACAUGACGGAAGAAUGCAAAGGCAAAGAGGUCUUGAUUGUAACUGAUUCCUGGAAAAAGUCAGGAGCUGGUUAUUCGGCGCAGCUGUGUGACACCAAGUAUUACAUGGCCAACGUUAUAGCAUCCAUUGGUCUUACGGGCGAUGAUCCCAAUAUCUCUUUCAACGAGACCGAGUUUGAGGCGAACAAAGUCUCUAUCCCCGACACUUUGGUAAACACAACUGAGUUCCGAAGCCUCAUGUUGGAUUCAGACUGGCCGACGUACAUGAUUUCGAUCCUGUGGUCAAAAACCGCGUUGUUAGGCGGUCCUUCAAUUUUACUAGGGGCCCUGUAUGACUACAACAUGACUGCCUUGAUCGAAGAUCCGAAUUGGGUCACUUCAGCGGCCAAAUCAAAGCAGCGCUAUUUUGGAGAGGUCUUACAAGCAGCUUUAAGCAACCAGGGUGCAUCCAGGAAGGCUGGAUUGCAAGGAAUCGUUCGAGACAUUGAGAAUCGAGUGAUCGUACAAGCCGGUGUCGCCAUUGCAUUAGGAACUCUUUUUGCGCUCUCUUUCUUUCUUGUACUCGCUGUUUGGUGGCUUUCCAGAUUGGGACGGAGACCAUUGAACUUGAAGGAAGACCCGGCUUCUACCUUGGGUGUGGCCUGCUUGUUGACGCACAAUCCUCGAACCCAGCAUAGUUUCCAGGCUUUCAAGCAACCUUCGGAGAAGGAAUUGCAUGAGAAGUUGGAUGGUGUUCAAUUCUAUACAAAUUCUCAUGGCCUAUCUCGAAUCAAUCCUGAUGAAGCGCUGAGCAGCAACUCAUCUCAGUCUGAGAAUGGGACGCCGAAACUACUCCGUUUACCGGCUCUUUUUGGCUUGGUUACUGCUCUUGUGGCAGUGGUUGUUGGUAUCGCCGUCCUCUACCAUUUUGCGGAGACGUCAGGUCUGUACCAGAAGGCCUUUGUCUACGAAGUCAACUUCUCCUGGCUUAGCAACGGUAUAUCAUCUGUGGCCCCCUUCUCCAUGAUUCCUACUGUCAUUGCAACGGGUAUUGGCCUGUGGUGGAGUGCCAUUGACGACAACUUUCGUCGUCUCCAACCUUUCAUAGCCAUGUCAAAGAGUCAUCCACAAUUUUCACGAGGCGCUAGUCUGUCAUAUCAGUCUUCAUUCUGGAUGUGGGCGUGCAUGAAGGCUGCGCUCAACAAGCACUGGCUUCUUGCUCUUCUGACCUUCGGCAGUAGUCUCUCGCCUAUAUUCACUAUUUCCAUGUCUGCUCUCUUUGAUCGCGGCCCGGGGGUUGUUUCUCAGCCGAUCACAUUCGAACGUUCAAUCGAGAUUCGCGACAUUCCUUUUGUUUUCCCCACUGAACAGUCUUACUACCCCAGCGCUUCGAAUGACUACGCAGCAGUUAUUCUCGCAGAUCUCUACAAGAAUCUUUCUACCCAUUGGAUGUAUACCGCUACGAUUCAAUUGGCUUUGAAUGGAUCCCAGCCUGCAUGGAGCAAAGACGGAUGGAGUUUCGUGCCCACCCAAAUGACAAAUCUCAGCACUAUCAACCUGCCCAAUGACCUCGACGCUUCUGAUCAAGCUGUUGACGGAUCUCAAACCAAUGUUUCUCUCGCGACCCCUGCGAUGAGAGGUCGAAUUGAAUGCAGCGAAUACCCUCUCGACGUUUUCAUGAACAUUUCCAACUGGCUUACGAUUAAGGAUAUCAGCAACCACACUAUCUGGAACACGAGCACAAUUCCCAAAGAUGCCAAAGGAGCGUACGUUGAAGGGGGUUAUCAAUUGGGCGCAGUCGCACCUUGGACGGGAACACCACAUCCCAGCAUGAUAUACCCGGUGAAUACAUCCGACGCGGCCCUAAGUGGAAACGGAUCGUGCCCCGGCUGCACAACCGUCUUCGUUAAUCCGUCCCAGAUCACUUGUUGUGAAAAUGGAAGCAGCAGCGAGUGGGACCCGAGUGUGGCUGUUGGGUACUGGUCACCAAAUACGAAUCUCGAGUCAUUUUCGACACGCCAGUGGCAUCGAAACUUCACUGCCAAGUGGCUGUACGGAAAUGCAGUGACAGGAAUCAAGAAUAAUAAAAACACUCUCGGUGGUGCUUACUAUGACGUUGACAUGCUGUUCCCCAGCAUACCUUCAAUAUUACUGCUGGACUGCAAGCCAAUUGUUGAGUCCGCCGAGGCAGACAUUAUUGUAAACCCGGCGAACGGCGAAAUCCAAUCCUUCAAUAUCACGUCCACACCCAAAGAGCUGACCGAAGCCUUCGCGGACAACUUCCUUCCUCACAAUCAAACCCACUUCAGUCGAGAAACUGGCCAGGUCACCUACAAUGUGACAGUGAGCUUCGGUCGACUCUUCAUGGCAUCCAUGUUAACUGCCGCCGAUACCUUGGGCAUCGGCGGUGCAGCCCACACCAGCGGCUUCCUGACCGAAGAUCUAUACGACAACACGUACAAUAUUCGCGACGAAAUAAAUGGCCUCAACAUGGACUUCAUGACCUAUGCCAUGUACUGUAUGGUCAACAAGGACCCCACAGCUCUCCUCAACUCGACCACCUAUCGAACCCUCGCCGAGAAUACAUUCACGACAUUCUUCCAGCACUAUGUCAGCAACGACGUCUCCCUCGAAACUGGUGGUUGGGGCUACCAGAAAAUAAAUGCCAGUUUGCCGAGCACCCUGGGUCCUGUGAUCGAAAUUGUCAACAAUUAUCUCCCUGGUACCAAGGCUGCAGCAUACCAAGAUGUCAUGCAUCCAAUUUCUCAUACAAAUCGCACAGCCGCCGCACACGUCACGCAACGUGUAGAGCUCCUGCAAAUGAAUGCUGUCGCCGUCUGGCUCAGCAUCGGAAUCAUGGGUUGGUUGAUCAUCACAACGGCCGUGGUAGCAGUGCUACAAAAACGAUACUUCGGAAGUCUAGUUCGCAACGUGGAAUGCCUAGGCGACGUGCUUGUCCUAAUAGCAGGAAGUGCAAACCUCCUCCAAGUAGUCCGCGAGAUCCAAGCCGGACGAUUAAGACCAGACGACUACGAGCAUCUACGGACACGACUGGGCUGGUUCGUUGACGAAGAUGGAGGAUUACGAUGGGGGAUCGAGAUGGAAGAGAGUUUUGCCGAAGGACCAGACGUGAACUGGAUAUCUGAAGCACAAUUCUCGAAGGAAAAGGGUGGGACGCGGACAUGGACGUUUCACGGGGACCGAAACCUGUGA